AUGCACUUGUUUCAUCUCGUACUAGCAGGCGUAUUUAUCGGAGCCAGCGCAAACGACUAUGUCGGGGGGGAGUUUGACCAACUCCAAAGUAGAGAGGAAUCAGAUCCGACGCAGCGGAGGACCACCUUGCAGCGGGUUCGAUCCCGUCCGAACGAGAUAAACGACUCCGAUUCAAUCGAUGAUUGGGUCACCGAACCUAGGACCCCGCGAAGCAAGCCUACACGCUCAACGCCCGAGUGGCUGGACCCGCUGAACCUCACCACGCCGAACCCGAAGGCGUGGCAGACCAGUCCGAGCCAGGUCCGCGACUGGAGUCUGGAUUUGAAGCGGGCUUUGGACAAAUUGGCAGAAAGCGUGAAGGAGCUACACACGGCGGUCAAUGACCUAACGCCGACUAGAAGUGUCGUCCCUCUGAGGGGCAAGCUUCCACGCCGUCGCAGAGACAAAAGGGACGUGGAGACCACCAGCCGCGUUCCGGUCGAAACAGAGGGCAGCGCAAACACGUCCGCUAGCGACGGAGGCCGCGGUGCGAGUGACGCGACGACCGAAGCAAUCCAAAAUGGCCGCCGUUCCGGGCACGACGCGCAAUCGAGCGUGGUCAGGGACAAGCUGCUUUCGUAUUUGGACGAGGGGUUCGACGAAGUGCGCAGGAAAGUGGACUCUUUGGCCGCGGCGAAGAGGCGGUUUUCGAGCGUGGCGCCGUACAGGAUCGGGUAUAUCGUGGCGAACGUUGACACACUGGCGGUGAGCGUCAGGAACUUGAGGGAGCUGGCGAGGAGCAGCAGGCUGGUGUGGGGCGAGAGGAAGAUUCUGGAGGUGUACGACCGCUUGAGGAUAUCGAACACGUUGCUAGCCAACCUCUUGGAUACAUUACGCUUGCUCAUGGAGAACAAG